AUGCACUGCUGCACUAGCACAUUUACAGCUGUGGAUGGCGACUGGAGUGAAUGGACGAAAUGGUCAGAUUGUUCUGCCAAGUGUGGUUUUUCAUUUCAGACUAGGCAUCGUUUUUGCAAUAAUCCUGCACCUGCCGGGAGGGGUGCAUCGUGUUUUGGCUUGGCAACUAUGUCCUUGCUUUGUCCUACAAAACCGUGUAAAGUUUUGGUCAAUGGACAGUGGUCUUCAUGGAGUAAAUGGUCGGAAUGCUCAGCUGAAUGUGGUAUUGGAACAAAGAUGAGAACUCGUUUGUGCAAGAAUCCGCUACCGUCUGAAGGAGGAUAUCCAUGUUUUGGAGCAAAUUAUGAAGAAUCUCUUUGUUUUAAUGACAAGAAACAUUUAAAUGAUGACGUCGUUUGCUCGAACGUGAUUCGAGAUGCAAAUAUUAUUGAGAGUGGUGGAAAUGGUUUACUGCCUAUAAAAUAA